AUGUUCAACUACCUAGCAGUAGAGGCAAGACUGCAGUUCCACCGCAGCUAUGGAGGCCAGCAAGGGGUGUCUGGACCACUGAAGAGCCGUCUAGAGCAGCUGAAGAAGCCAUGGUGGAGAGAGCCCACCCCGCUGGUGCUCCAGCACAGUGAAACAGCCAGGCUUGCCAUAGAUGCCUUUCUUGAGCAGGGGGAACGUGGCUACCUGUGUGCCAUUGCUGAGGAAAGGGAGCUACCUUUUCUUUCCUCUCUGGACAUGGAAUAUAUGAACCAUCAGAGAAGCCAAAGCUUUCUAGAACCCGGUGUCUCGAAAGACAAAGAGGCCAACUCUGCUGACAUGGACAUUGGGGACAGGUCCUCCCUCUACUCCGAGCUAACAUCUGGCACCUACUUUCCACUUAUGUCUGAUGUGCACCCUCCAGAGCUGGAGCUGGGAUGGCCAGGGAUGCCGCUACUCACAACGUCUGGCCAGACUAAAGCCACUGCGAUUUUCCAAAGAAACAAGGCUAACAGCAUUAAGGAUUUGCUUCGGUCCCUGAUCAGCCGGGCACGGACGGUGAUAGCAAUUGUGAUGGAUCUGUUUACAGACAUGGAGAUACUGUGCGACCUGCUGGAGGCCUCAAGCAGACGGCAUGUCCCUGUUUACCUGAUCCUGGACGAAGAAUACUUGAAGCAUUUUGUGGAAAUGUGCAAUAAAAUGGCUCUGACUGAAGACAACUUCCCAAACAUGCGCAUAAGAUGUCUGAGUGGAGAUACAUACUACAGCAAAGCAGGCAAGAAAUUUGUGGGCCGGGUUUUGGAGAAGUUUACCCUGAUCGAUUGUGACCAAGUUCUUGCUGGUACAUACAGUUUCACCUGGCUUUGCAGCCAAGUCCACACCAGCCUGGCGACCCACUUCCGUGGUCAAAUUGUUGCAGACUUUGACAAGGAAUUCCGGUACUUGUACGCCGAAUCCAAAGCAGUGACUAACUUUUGUGUGCCAGAUUCUGGAACACGCCCCUCUUCUCAGAAUACCUCAAAGGAUGCAGAAUCCCUUUUAAAAGCUGCCCAGGUGAACGAUGCUGAAACCUCAAGCCCCUCAAGCAGCCUCUCAAAUGUAAGCAUCAAAAGCAUAAAAAUGUCUCCAUUUCUGAAAAACUCCACCUGCAAUGUACACCAGGAAAAGCAAGAUUUGAGCCCUGCUUAUGUUAAUAAAAAGGGCAAGGAAGACACCUCUCCAAAGCCUACUUGCUUUAAGCAACAAGGGGAACCACCAGACUCCUCUCACUGUCUUCCAAAUAAAUCCGCCUCAGCUGUGCAGGGCAAACCAAAUCUCUGCUCCCUGCUGAGACAGGAGCAGAAUUUGCAGUCCCUUUCGGAGGGUGCCAAUAGCAACGGCACAAGUGAGAAGCAGAAAGGGCCCACCGCUACCUCCAGGGAAUGGACAGCAGACAAUUUUUAUGGGAUGGAAAAAAGACAGAGUCCUGGACAAGGGAAAUUGGACCUGAUAUCUCCAUACAACCAGCUAAAACGAGAGAAGAAAGCUGCAGUUCCUUGCUAUGAUAAACUCAGUGAGGAAAUGCUGAUGGAAAAGAAUAGUGUGUAUGGGGCUGAGAAGAGAAUGACUCUUGGGCACAGUAAGCUGGAUCUGAUCACCAAAUACAACAAGUUAAAAUCUAAACAGAUACACAGUCGAUUCGAACUCUGACCUGGUUCUUGUGGUCCUUGAGAUGUCCUUUGAUCUCAUUUACUAGUGGUUGUUUUUCCCUACCAAUCAUCAUAUCUGGUGCUUGAAGUCAAAAUAUGGGUGGCAAAUUAGUCUUAUUCCUAUCGAAAGGUAUCAAUGCUAUGCUGCAGUCUCCAAUGUGUACAGAUGACUGAUUCAGAUGGGAUUAGCAAGUACAAUUUAAAUUUUCAAUUACAAGAUGAUGGUAAGUGAGAGAAAAAGAAAAAAUCCACACUGCUACUUUACCCAUUUUUAAAAGGACCAUUUUCCCCAAAGCUGUUUUGCUCUGAUUGUAAGCUGUUUGACCACUAAUGUCUUCAGGAUUAACCCAGG